AAAGGAUAAAUAGACCAAGACCAGGAUCUCAAAUUUUGUUAGUGGAAGAUGCCUAGUUCAAGUUAUCUAUGGAAACCAUCCACGUCUAUUCAGCCCCUGACUCCAUUCUUCAACGCUCUUGCUUCCUCUGACUUUACUCACCUUCAUCCUCCUUGUCUUCGUUCUGUAAAGACCAAGAAUUUUAAUGGCAGAAUCUACUGCAACAACGAUGAUACGAAUAAGAAACAGUCACAACCUACGGGUAUUCAACUUUAUGCUGAGAUUGAGAGAUUACUGACGGAGACUGUAAAACAAUCCCAAGGUCCUUGGGGUCCUUCCACAAACUGGACUGAGGUUGAGGGAGCAUGGAUCCUCAAGCCAAGAAGCUCGAGUCCUAAGUCAGUUGUUCAUUUUAUUGGUGGUAUAUUUGUUGGAGCAGCGCCUCAGCUUACCUACCGUUUGUUCCUUGAGCGCCUUUCAGAAAAGGGUAUAUUGGUAAUUGCAACUCCUUACGCAAGUGGAUUUGACCACUUCCUCAUUGCAGAUGAAGUACAGUUUAAAUUUGAUAGAUGUUGCCGGUUUCUGCAAGAAACAGUACAAGAUCUUCCUACUUUUGGAAUUGGCCAUUCUUUGGGAUCUGUCAUCCACCUCUUGAUUGGAUCAAGAUAUGCUGUGCAAAGAAAUGGGAAUGUGUUCAUGGCAUUCAACAACAAGGAAGCAAGUUUAGCUAUCCCUUUAUUCUCACCUGUUAUUGUCCCAAUGGCCCAAAGGAUUGGACCACUUCUAUCCCAGAUUGCAUCAUCACCAACAGUUCGCCUUGGGCCAGUAUGGUGGUGUACGCGGGAGAAGCCAAGGAGAUGGUUUGCGCGAUGGAUUGAGGCUGCGUGCAUCGGGCUUGCGAAGGAGCGCAUUCCCUUGCGUUUUGGUUUCCCGUUCAAGGAAAGAAGCCAUAGAGGAGCUCGGUCGGUCGGUUCUGUGCAUGAAACUAGAGGGCCGAAGAAGGGAAAGCUGCGGUGGAGCAGAUUGCAUGACAAAAAGCGAAUCUCCACUCUCUGGUGCGAUUUGGGGCGUUUCUGCGAGUGUCAUUCCGGAUUAAGGUGCGCAUUAGAGUUUUGUGGUGACUUCCAGUUGAAAGGAGGUAUUUUGGUGAUUUCCAGCAGGGGCGCAUGCCUUUUCGGUGGCCACGCAUGGAUUCCGGUGGUGGUAGUGUGGUUCUCUUGGUUUUCGUGUGUAGAGAGGCAGAAAUGACUCUGAAGCAAAUUGAGAACCUUACUCCUCCCAUCAUGAAACAAGUUCUUCCUUUAGUUGAGCAACUUCCGCAUUUAUACAUGGACUUAGUUAAAGGAAGAGAAGAUUAUCUCCAAAACCAGAAGAAACACG